GAGAUGUCACUAUUACUGUUUUAGCAUCCUCUUCUACUCUUUAUUUAGAACCUUUAGUACCUUACCAUGUGAGUGAAGAGUUCAAAAACCUCUGCAAAAACUUUCUUUUUUAUCUCUCUCUCUUCUUUAAACUUACUUUCAAACACUAAAUAGCCAAAACUUAAGAUACCAAAUUUCAACAGGGGAAAAAAUGUAUAAGAAUCAGCUUCAAGAGCUUGCACAGAGAAGUUGUUUCAACUUACCAUCAUAUACUUGCAUAAGAGAAGGACCAGAUCAUGCUCCAAGAUUCAAAGCUUCUGUUAACUUCAAUGGUGAGAUAUUUGAGAGUCCCACUUACUGUUCUACUCUCAGACAAGCUGAGCAUGCAGCUGCUGAAGUUUCCCUUAAUGUCCUUUCGUCUAGAGUCCCUUCAAAGUCUCUAACUGCUAAGAUUCUUGAUGAGACAGGGAUUUACAAGAACCUGCUUCAAGAGACAGCACAUAGAGCUGGUCUUGAUCUACCAAUGUACACAAGUGUGAGAUCAGGAUCUUGUCACUUCCCAGGUUUCUCUUGUACUGUUGAACUUGCUGGGAUGACGUUUACAGGAGAAUCAGCAAAGACAAAGAAACAAGCUGAGAAAAACGCAGCCAUUGCAGCUUGGUCCUCUUUGAAGAAAAUGUCAAGCUUGGAUUCACAAGAUGAAGAGAAGGAACAAGAAGCAGUAGCAAGAGUACUCUCAAGAUUUAAACCCAAAGAAGUAAGAAGACGAGAGACAACAAACCAAUGGAGAAGAAGAACAAGUCAACAAGAUUCAAACAAGGAUUUGUUGAUUGAGAGAUUGAGAUGGAUCAAUCUUUUGACCAAUCAAGCUUCUUCAUCAUCAUCAACAUCAACACCGAAUCAACACAAAAACUCCAGUUUCAUCUCUCUAAUUCCCCCACCACCACCACCUAAAUCCUCCAAAAUUUUGCCAUUUAUCCAGCAAUACAAAGACAGAUCAUCACAAGAAGCUAAGACAGAGACAGCGACAGAGAUGAUCAACAGCAAAGCCAAAGUCAAUGAAACAUCAACCAGAUUGAGUAAGCAAAUGCCCUUUUCCGACAUGAACAGAUACAACUUUGUCGGAGGGUGUAGCGUAAACCCUUAUAGUCUGGCUCCAGCGGUUCAAAUGAGAUCAGUGAUUCCAGUUUUCGCAGCUCCACCACCGAAACCAAACCCCAACCUUAACCCAUCAUCAUUAUCAUCAUCAGUCAAUGAAUUCACCUCAUCCAAUAAUUCCUGCUCUGUUCUGAAUACGCCGGGAUUGGGAGGCCAAGAGAAGAAGAAUCUAACUCGCGAAAUGAUCAAACUUGGUUCAGAAUCGAGAAUUUUGGAUCAAACCCAUGAUAGUUAGCUAAAUUUGGUUAAUGGGUUAAUCUCAAAUUAAAUCCUUGUCAAGUGUUUGUCACAUAGAUAAAUUAUAGACCAGUAUGUUUCCGUUUCUUGAAUGUGUUCUUGUUUUUUUUGAAGUGUUUGAAUUUUCUAAAAGUCCG